GUAAACCGGUGUGAGAUCUCACAGCUCUCCCCGCCGUUUGUCCUUCUCCGUGUGCUCUGACCUGCUGGACUACCGGGACCGGAGAUCCGGACGAUUUAGAUGACCACGGGUGCUCGGUUAAGACCAGCGGCUCCCCCGGGUCAUGGAGGGACCAGAGGCCAGCGCACCCCGGGAACACAUCCAGGGCGCCCGGUAGUGCUCGCCCACUGAGGAGCACGGAGGGGUCUAUCCCGUUACCGAUGACAAAGUCUGGGACAAGUGUUAACUAUGAUCGCUGCAUUUUUUCCCACGAAGAUUUUGAUGCGCAAUCGCAAACAUCUUGUGUUCGCUGCUCUUCUGACUCUCGGAGCCGUGGCCGUCUACCAACAGAUGGUUGCUGUAAAGGCAUGGAGCAGUGAUACGAGUAUGAAUCCCACCAGGAGCAGCUGGAGGGGAGCCGUGUUUACCGAAACGGUCGGAGGUCACCCUGGACCAAACUCCGAGGAUAAUUCAGCAGUUGGGAGGUCCAGCUACACUCCACCAAUCUGGAAAACCGAGUUCAAGGGACGGGCUAAUCUGCACGUCUUUGAAGACUGGUGUGGUAGUUCUACAGAUGACCUCCGCAAGAACCUGCACUACCCUCUGUAUCCUCAUUCCAGGACUACAGUGCAGAAGUUGGCCAUCUUUCCUCAGUGGACCGAUUACGGAAUCAGGAUAUUUGGUUAUCUACAUCCAUAUACUGAUGGCGAGUUUCUGUUUGCUUUGAGCUCUGAUGACAACUCAGAGUUUUGGCUCAGCACAGAUGACUAUCCGCUUAAUUUGCAGCCGUUGGUAUGGGUUGGGAAGACCGGCACAGAAUGGGCAGCCCCGGGCGAGUUUGACAAGUUUGCCAGUCAGACCUCCAAACCAGUUCGGCUAUCUGCUCAGAAGAAGUACUUUUUUGAAGUUAUCCACAAGCAAAACGGGAAAGGGACUGAUCACGUGGAAGUGGCAUGGCAGCUCGUGGACCAAGGCUUUAGGUUCAAGGUUAUUGGAUCAAGUGAUAUCUCCCUCUAUGUUGAUGAGUCUGCCUUGCUGAUGAGUGACGUAGCCCACAUACCACAGACGGCUGCAAGUUUCCAGCACAUCUCUUCAAAACAGACGACUGGUGCUGCAGACAUGCUGAUGGAAGACCCGCGAGACACUCUGUACCAAGUGCCUUUGUUAAACAGCACCUUUCUAGAAGAUGUCCUUCCUAACUGCUUUUACAAACCCAGCUACACAUUCAAGGACUUUCCUCUCCUGCGGUACCAAGGACUGCAGAGUGUGCACAUGUCCUACGUUUACCCCAAUGACUACACCAGACUCACACACGUUGAGACAGAAGACAGCUGCUUCUACACCAAAAAUCUGCAGUACAUCAAGAGGUUCAGUUUUGCUAGAUACAUGAGACUAGACCGCCCUGAUGUGCAGAACAUAUCAAAUAAAAGGCGAAAAGUACAGAAUAAAUUGGACAGGGAGCAGCAUAAAGUAAAUAAAUCACUAGCAGUUCUGCCAGAGCAGCUCAAUAAACAACAUCAUCUGCAGGUGUCGCCUAACAUGAACCACAACCAAAUCCAGAGACUGAAUCACUCAAAGCUUAAGCCCUUAGAGAGGGAUUCUCCUCGGCCUGAAAACCACACAGUGGCCAAGCAGAGGAAAGUUGUAUUUAGGGAAAUGGGGCACCAGCCGACCACCACUAUGCAUCUUACCCCACCCAAGAGAGACAUUGGCCGCCCUUCAUUAAGGCGAAAUCGGCGGGACACAUAUAAUAGUAAAGUGAGAAAUAAGGCGAAAGUGAGAAAAGGGUCUCUACCAGGUGUAGAAAAGAGAAUCCACAGAACGGGCACUGAUAUCAAGUGGAACCAGACCUUCCAGAUCAGCCACCUGAAACACCAGGCAUAUCGAUCGGAUCGGAUCGACCUGCGCUGCAACGUCACAGGCAACCUGCUUCUCCACUCUAGUGCUGCUCUGACCGUGGUCAAAGCUUUCAUGCAACAGCUAAACAAAAAACACCACGGACAAUUUACGUUGGUGCGCGUCGUUAACGUGAUGAAGCGCGUGGACGUGGUCCGGGGAAGCCGCUACCUUCUGGAGCUGGAGCUGAAAGAUGCGAACGGCCAUCUGCGUCGUCUGUCACGCUACAUCUAUUAUCCAAUUAGCCACCGCAGGCAAAGCGGCCAGGAAACUCAGCCGAAGCUUUGUAACCCUUUGGGCUUCCGGUGGAAUCCCGAUGUCACCGUUCACUUCGUAGUACCCGUGAAAAACCAGGCUCGCUGGGUGCAGCAGCUGAUUGUAGACAUGGAGCAAUUGUUCAGAGAGACCGGUGACUCCAACUUCAAUCUCAUCAUCAGUGAUUACAGCAGCACGGACAUGGACGUGGAGAAGGCUCUACAGAAAUCCUCACUCGUCAGGUACCAAUAUGUGAAGCUGAGUGGAAACUUUGAGCGCGCGGCUGGUCUGCAAGCAGGUGUUGACCUUAUAAAUGAUGACCACAGCAUUGUGUUUCUUUGUGACCUCCACGUCAAUUUCCCUCCCUUCAUCAUCGACACCAUCAGGAAACACUGCAUUGAGGGAUACAUGGCCUUUGCUCCAAUCGUCCUGAGACUGGGCUGCGGGGUUACACGAUUAGAAGCCAAAGGUUUUUGGGAAGUCAAUGGCUUUGGCCUGCUCGGGAUUUAUAAGUCCGAUUUGGAUGCUGUUGGAGGAAUGAACACAGAGGAAUUCAGGGACCGCUGGGGUGGAGAAGACUGGGAGCUCCUCGACAGGAUUCUGAACGGCGGGUUGGAAGUGGAGAGGUUCUACUUGAGGAACUUUUUCCAUCACUUUCACUCCAAGCGCGGCAUGUGGAGGCAAACGUCACCCAGCCGCAAGUGACCUUGUCACCUGAUCGCUGCACCAUGACCACGGUUGCCAAGGUUACAAUCAUGGCAACCAAAGAACUUUAAGGCCAGAGCCUGUUUUCUGCUUCAUGACAGUGAUUCCUGCUGACCGACAGAAUAUACUUGGUUACAGUUUCAGCUUUGUGCAAAAAGAAGCUUGCAAUAAGUGGUAGCAAUGAUGAUCUUCGGUACAAAAAUUACUACUGAUUUGUAUAGAGUUUAUUUUACUGGAUGUAGGGUUGACUGGAGCCAGGGUAAUGGUUGAUAGAUGCCUUUGACAUUGUGCUAUUGGAAAUGAAGGUACAGCCAUGUAUAAUGUCCCACGAUACACCGUGGUGAUCUGCGUUGUUUGCAUAAAGGAUCAUAACAGAUCCAAAGAAUAAUCUGACACUCCAAAGAUGUAUUCAUGCAAGUGUCCUAUAUCAUAAAGAUCUUUUGCACAUGAUUAACUGGAGAGAAAAAAUAUUUUAUGCUGUUUGCGACAAAGUUAAAUACACUCCAUAUUGGGUAUACGGUAAACACAGCAUUAUUUGUCAUGUUGUAAAUUAUGGGAAUCUAGUUUAUUUAUUUUAUUAAUAUGUGUAGGUUUUUAUUUUCAUUUAAGUUUAAUAUUAUUUCUAGAAAGUCAAAUCAGAAAAGUGUAGCUCACUUCACUUGUUGAGUGUUCUCCCCCCUGUUCUGAUAUAAACCUUCAUGCCUUUUCUGGUGAUGGUUAUCCAGUUCUAGUACCUGGAUAACAAAGAGCUGUUUUUACAUGGUCAGCAAAACCCUUAAGCUGAUUAAAAUAGUGAGGAACUGAAGGGACUUCCAUUAUUGUGUCAUUAACUCUUUUCUCAGAAAUACCGUAAUGAAAUGUCUGAAAACUGAAGAAAUGCAAUAUUGUGAGAAUUUCUGCCUGUUCUCCCUACAGUACCAAAGAUAACAGUUGAUAAUAGUUAUUCUUCUUCAGAAAAGUUAAAAUGCAGGGUGACAAGCUAUUAAAAUAUAACAUAUAGGGUCAUCUUAAUCGUGCUACUUUGUCGAUCUACCUGCUGAAUCAAAUAGUUAUUUUUCAAAGGAAAAAUUGUAUUGAUAAAUAUCAAUAACGCACUAAGUUGGAAAUUUUGUUUUCAUAGUCAACACAGAUUAAUACAGAUUUUAUAGGAAAUACAUUAAGCGCAAGAGGAUUUGUGCAUUUGUCAUUUUGUUUUUUAUGAUAAGACUAAAAGAAUUUUUCUGUAAGUUCACAUUCCGAAACUUGUUUAAAAAAUAUGGAUAUUCACCUUAAUUACACACACUCAGACGAGUUGUGAACAACACAGGCAAACUGCUGUGUAAUGCUCUCUAACUAUUAAAACAUAAGAACACAGAAUCUAUCGAUACAUUAUUACAUUACAUUAUUAAAAAUAGGUUGUUGUGUUCUUCACUUUGAGAAUUAGGUGAUCGUUGAUGCAGACCUUGUAGAUUUAAAACAAAGGUGUGGCAUUAUUAUUACUGCUCCUUUUUAAAGGUGUGUUAGGAAUGAAUAACAAAACGCACCUUCAGUACACACACGUACCACCCUUCAUUUAGCAGCAUCAGGACAGACACACCCAGCCAAUAGCAAAAAAUGGACACAUGCAUUACCUCAUUUGAAAGAAACAACAGCAGCUGUGGUGCACGAGAAUCAUGUUUAGCUUUUACAUUGGUGACGCAAAUGUGCUACACAGCAGGAAUAACAGUCUGGCUUUACACCGGCCUCCAAACAAGCACAUAUUGUAUUUUCACACAGGCUUCCAACUACAUCCCGUCACCCCUUCCGUUUUUUCCACCUUCAUCUUACUGUUUGUCAGCCGAAGGACGGCCAGUAGCAUAUGUGACAGAGGAAUUAAUUCCAGUCAAGGGGAAAGGCUAAGUAUAUCCCGUCUUGUCACUGUAAGUCAAUGGUAUGGCUAAGCAGAGGCACUGUUUACAAAAAACGUCCUCAAUAUCCUUUUCAUACCAGAAGACGGUGUCAAGUUCCAGGUCAAAUCAAAUAUUUGACUUAAAGUAGUUUUUUCUAUGCGGCGGCUUUCAGAG